AUGACUCUGCUGGACUUGUGGCUGUCGCGCUCCAUCCCCAUGUGCCUGCUCCUUCAGAGCCUUGUCCUCAUGGCCCUGUGCUUCCCCUCGGCCAGCAUGUGUCCAAAGGGCUGCAUCUGCCAACGCGACCCCCACCUCCACGGCCUCAACGUUACCUGCAGUCAGUCCCGCCUUAAAGAAAUCCCCCCCAGCCUCCCGGUAGACACUGUUCUCUUGAGGCUGGAUCACAACCAGAUAGGAGCCGUGCCCGAUCAAACCUUCCAUGGACUUAGGCUUUUGAGGGAGCUCAAUCUUUCAUACAACGCAGUGGAGACUUUAGGGGAAGCAGCCUUCAGCGGCAUAGAGGCAACUUUACAGGUGCUGGACCUCUCCCACAACCGUAUUACUAGCGUACACAAGGAUGCCUUUGCUCGGCUCAAGGCCCGCGUCAUUGUGGAUGAUAAUCCCUGGCACUGUGACUGUGCCCUCCAGCAGGCUAUCAGCGGAAUGGCCCACAACCACGAGGCAGCCGCCCGAGUUCUCUGCAGGAGCUCAGAGCUUCGUGACCAGGAGGGAAGACCUUUCUUGGCAGUGGACACUGACCUCUGUAACCUGGCCAAAAGGACCACAGACUACGCGAUGUUGGUGACCAUGUUUGGUUGGUUUGCCAUGGUUAUUUCAUAUGUGGUGUAUUACGUUCGCCAGAACCAGGAGGACGCCCGACGCCACCUGGAGUACCUCAAGUCUCUCCCUAGCAAGCCCAAGAAACCUGACGAGGCUGACGACAUCAGCACUGUUGUCUGACAGCAGCGUCAGAGUGACUGUGUCCACCACAAACCUAAGGAACACCAAAAUGUUUAUGUAACAGGACCCACUUUUAAAGUGUUUACUAUUUGUAUUACUAGUGAUGUGAGCAUCAAAACUGCUGAUAAAUCUUUGUAUUCUGGAAAUUUUGUUGUAUGUCCUUACCAGGGUUUGUUCGUGACCGAUAUGAGAUAAGAUGAGAAGGGAGGCCACAGAGUCUAAUUGUCUAAUGCCAACAUUAUCUUUUUUACAGACAUUGCUUAUGGAGUUUUGAAAAUUUGAUUCUCAGGUUUAAAUAUUGACAUGAUAAUGUCUGUUUUUAAUUGAAAAUUUGGAGUAUCUGAUGAAAAGAAAUAUAUUUGUAAGACGUGACACCCUAUACUCCAUUUCCCAGAGCCCUCGUAUUGGUAUCUUAAAACCUAUGAAAAGAUGUACAUUGAGUUUUGUAAACACAUGCCAGACCAAUUGGA